ACAUGAGUUGGAAAAAAAAAAACGUAAUAGUGUGAAAAAAAUUAAAAUGUUUUAAACCCUUUCUCCCUUUAUUUAAUUAUAUACAUACAAAUAACAUGGCAGAUCAACUUACACCCGACGAAAUUGCUGAAUAUAGAGAAGCUUUCCAGUUAUUCGAUACCGAUGGUGAUGGAAGUAUUACUGCUGUUGAAUUAGGCACUGUUCUUCGCAAGUUUGGUCUUAACCCCAGUGAUGCCGAAUUACAAGAUAUGGUCAAUGAUGUAGAUGCCGACGGAAAUGGCAAUAUCGAUUUCACAGAAUUUUUGGGUCUCGUUAAAAACAUGAAGAACGGUAACGAAGGUGACGACCUUCGUGAAGCCUUCAAGGUGUUUGAUGUCGAUGGCAACGGUUUGAUCGAUCGUGAGGAACUUCGUAAAGUCAUGUCUUCUUUAAACGAAUCAUUGUCAGAAGAGGAAUUAGAUGCCAUGAUUAAGGAAGCAGAUAUUAAUGGUGAUGGACAAAUCAGUUUUGAGGAAUUCAAGAUUAUGAUGGGUGCUUAACUUGUUGCGAGUUUAUACAUAUAUUAAUAAAUUAAAUAAAUAAAAAGAACACAUGUAUUAUUAAACAAAAACAAAAAAA